AUAAUUCAUAGUCAGUUCGAUUCGAACCAGAGGCCCGUGCAAAUCGACCGCCAGUCCACCUACCCAGCGGUACAAUGUGCAUCCGCAUCCGACAGCUUCAGAUGAUGGGGCCGCUCCUGCUCCUGCUGCUGCUGCUGGCAGCGGGCUCCUCCGUCUCCGCCUCCGUCUCCGCCUCCGUCUCGGACUUGUCACAACCGGAGGCGCGAAUCAUCAAUGGCACCACGGUGGACAUUGGUCGGCAUCCGUACCUGGUCUCCUUGCGGUAUCGUCGCAGCGAGACGUCCAGCUACAUGCACGAGUGUGGCGCAGUGAUCUACUCAGAGCAGACCUUGCUCACCACUGCCCAGUGCUUGUGGAACCUGCCGGAGGGCGUCAAAGUACUGGCCGUGGCCGCCGCUAACACCCGCAAUGGCAGCGACGGAAUUCUGGUUCCCGUCUCCAACUGGACCCUUCAUCCCAGCUUCAACUACAUCAACGUCGACUACGACAUCGGUGUUCUCAUCCUGGACGCGCCCUUGAAUCUAACCCGCUUCGGCAUCCGCGCCAUUGGCAUUCGAUCGGAGCGUCCGGCCGUGGGACGCUUGGCCACGAUUGCCGGCUGGGGCUAUCGCGAGGAGGGGGGCCCCAACAGCUACCGCCUGGAGCAGGCUCAAGUGCCCAUCGUCAGCUCGGAGGAGUGCAACCAGAUCUACGGCAGCGGUGAAGUCAGCGAGCGAAUGGUCUGCGCUGGCAUUGUGGCCCAGGGGGGCGUAGACGCCUGCCAAGGCGACACCGGAGGUCCAUUGGUCAUCGACGACCAGCUGGUUGGCCUCGUGUCCUGGGGACGCGGCUGUGCCCGGCCCGGCUAUCCCUCCGUCUAUACCUACGUGGCCAGCCUGAAGAGUUGGAUCGAUGAGACCCUGGCGGCCAGUGGGGCGCAAUAAACAAAGGAAUUUGUCAAGGUAUCCGCUGAUUGCUGGCGGCAAUCGACGUUAUCUUCAAGUGGCUACUGCCGACUAUCGGCUGGGAUAGAGCUGCCAAUGUACACGGCUAAUUCAAUAAUAAAACUGUAAUAAAACCAACGAAA